GCGUCCCAACUCAGUCCACACGGACAUCGAGAAGGAAGCUGGUUUGGGAAAGAAUUUGGAAUCUCAGUCUCUUCUCUAAAUCAUGGCCAUACAGAAAGGGACGAAACUGUUGUUCGCAGUUCUUCUGAUGGCGGUGGUACUCAACACGCCCGGGUUUGCAAAACCAAAACGCAAGUGUAAGCACGAGAAAGAUACUUCCAAAGAAGUAUCCAAGGAGUCUGAAGAGUCCAAAGAAUACGACGAUGAUUAUACUACAAGUACUACGACAGCAACUACCACCACCAGCCCUACUACCACCAGUCCCACUACCCCCAACCCUUGUGAAGGCUGCGAAGAAUCUACUCAAUGCUGUUUUGCCGGCGUUCAGUGUCGUAUUCGGCCAAGAGUUACUGAUGAUUGCGGAGUUGACUACUGCCCUUGCCUGGAGAGCACCUGUGUAGACGGGGUGUGUCAAGCGUGACGUGCCUUAGGCGGACCAAGCAACCAUGUCGACCCGGCGCCUGCGCGCAGCUUGUUGUUCACGGACAAAACAUGACUGGGUUUAAAUUGCACACCCUCUUUUCGACGACAGUUUACUAUUGCUGAUGCUUGUAGCUAAGAAAAAAGUUUUUAAAAAACUGAAUUGAAAAUCUUGUUUUUAUUUGACAGAGAAGUGUAAAUUGUUUAUUACUAAGUUGUUGUCUUUUCAAAGGAAAAAGACCGGCUGUGUGUAACUUUGUCAAGUCUCUGUAACAAGAUUAAUUUAGUAGGCCUGUCAUUUUCUAAGACAAGAUAUUCAAGAUUGUGGUAGAUCAUUACGACUUUUAAGCAUUGCAAUUUUUACAAAUCAUUUUCAUAUUUUAUUUUCUAGCUGUCUCAAAACGCUCAAGUAAGCAAAACGACAAAGCAGUAUAUCUGAAUUAGCUUAGGGAGAUAACACAUGCAAAACUCGUGCGAACACACACACCACCACCACCACCACCACCACCACCAC